AUGAACCUAACAACAAUGUUUAUACUAUUCUCCGAUCUCACCGAAUUCCUGAUUAACAUUCUGGCAGAGAGGCCGACAGAUUUGGCGACCAGACUUCACAAAUACGCGGAGCCAGUCAAUCAUAGCGAAGAUAUUCCACAAACCAAAUUGGCCUUGUAUGAUUUCCUGCCAGGCGAUAGGCUCGAUCUGACAGCACAUUCUCGCUCCCUCAUAUACAGUGGUACACGUGUGCUACAAGCGUAUGAACGACUCCAUUUGUCCACUGGCCAGCCCAACAAUGACAAAGGAAGACUCUUUACUCAAUGGUCCAACAAGAGAGCAUCUGAUCCGUCGACUAUCGACUACGGGGUUUACGCUUUGGUGCUACGAACUGGCUAUCUGACCACCAAAGGCAUGCUCGUACGAGAUGUGCUAUAUCCGCGCCCUCUCGACAUGAACUUCACCAAGGACGCCUUCCGCUUCCUCUCUAUAAUGGCUGUGAUUGCAAUUAUGGGCUCUAUAUACAGUUUGGUCGUUCCGGUAUGA